AGUUUUUCCUCGGCCUUUGGCGCGGUAAAACCGUUCUUUUCUCGAACAGCAAUUAAUUCGCAUGUGCGCGCGCGUCUCUGCUUUGGUGGAAAUUGCAACAAUCAAAUUAAUAUGGCCUUGCUCAUCAGUUUGGGUCUCCUCGGGGGGAUCUGGCUCGCGCUGUUUCUGUACUGCAGGAUACGAUACAGCUUCGCGAAGGACAUUCCGGAAGUGCGCCCGCUGAAGUUUUUCUUCGGUAAUGGGCUGGAUUUUGCGCAAAAGAAUUCGUAUCAAAUUUUUGCCAGCAUCAACCGAGUGUUCCGCGAGAAUAAGCGCAUCUUCAAGAUCAGCUUCGGGCCGAUUAAGGUGAUCUGCACGACGGAUCCGGACUUGAUCCAGAAGGUGUUGUGCAGCAGUGCCAGCAUGGACAAGCCGUACGUGUACGACUUCACUCGGAUGGGAUCAGGACUGCUGACCGCGCCAUACGACACCUGGAAAGUUCAUCGCAAGCUACUGAAUCCAACAUUCAACACCCGGAUCCUGAACAGCUUCAUACCGAUUUUCAACGACUGUGCAGACAAAAUGAUCGAAAGUAUCCGCGAGCACGCCGCCCCCGGUAAAGUGCUCAACAUUCUGGAGUUCACCUCACCCUGUACACUGGCCAUGAUCUGCAGGACGUCUCUCGGUGGUAAAGUGCUUGAACGCGAAGGAACCAAGCAGUUUGUGGAAGGACUUGAAAUUAUUCUUAGCCAAGUUGGUCUUCGCAUGUUCAACGCAAAUCUUCACCCGGAUAUUGUAUAUCGAUUUACUCGCUUCUACCAAAAAGAAAUGAAUUCCCGUAAAUUCUGCUACGCUUUUACAGACAAGAUCAUCAUUGAAAAGCAACAAGAGCUCGCAAACGCCAAGGCCAAGGGAAAACAGGAUACGAACAACAACCCCAACGAUUCCGGCAACGAUAUCUUAGAGGACGAGGAAGAUGAUCUGUUGUCGUACAAGAAACCUCAGAUUUUCAUCGAUCAGCUGCUGACGAUUCCUCUGCCCGAUGGGAAACCCUUCUCGCACAAGGAGAUCUCCGAUCAUAUCUACACGAUGAUCGCGGCCGGUAACGAAACUUCAGCCACUCAAGCGGCCCACACUCUGCUGUAUUUGGCCAUGCACCCGGAAGUGCAAGAGAAGGCCGUUAAGGAAAUCAAGGAACUGCUUCCCACCCCGGAGUCCAGAAUCACCUCGGAAAUCAUGAAGGAUAUGGUCUACAUGGAACGGAUCAUCAAAGAGUCGCAACGGCUUGCGCCGGUGGCAGCCGUCUACGGUCGGAAAACCAUAGGGGAACUACAUCUGGAUCAGUUUACCAUCCCGAAAGGAAAUAUUUUCGUUUUGAACAUCUUUGCUCUUCACCGACGGAAAGAGUUCUGGGGUGAGGACGCUGAUUUGUUCGACCCUGAUCGAUGGCUUCCGGAAAACAGCAAAAACCGUCAUCCGUUCGCUUAUCUUCCAUUCAGCGGUGGCAAUCGUGGUUGUAUUGGAAGUCGAUAUGCCAUGAUGAGUAUGAAGACGAUCGUAUCGGCAAUCUUGCGGAACUUCAAAAUAACCACCGAUCUGGAGUACGAAAAGCUCGAAUUCAAGUUCAAGGUAUCGAUGCAUUUGUCUGGACCACAUCGCGUCUUUGUUGAACCGCGGAAUCUCUACGGAUGAUCUUGACCGUUCUGAGCCCAUAGAAUAAGUCUGCUAGUCUAAGUAUGUUACAGCCCCGUAUAAAUCGUUCCACAUACAAUGGCUAUUGCACCAGAAGUUCUUCUCCAGUUAAUAAUUAGCGGCUUGCAAUACCGAAAACGUGCAUUACUGUAUCGAAAGAAGUAGGGUAGUUUGCAAAAUCCUAAUUGAUUAACAAUAAAGAAUACGCUAACACGUACCUUACAGUCGGUUGCCGGCCUUG